AUGGCGUCUUCAAUGGCCAUUAAGCACAGAAAGCUUUUUCCAACUUCAACAACGAACGAAACCCUAGUCUGUCCUGAUGUUUGUGACCCAAUAUGUCCCUAUGGUUGUAACCCAGGGCCAGAGCCAGACUUCUAUUUCCUGCCGCCACCACCACCGCCAUCACUGUUAGCCAACCAAGGCCACCACGUUUCACCAUAUGUGAUCAUCAUAGUGACCUUGCUAGCCAGCCUUUUCCUUAUGGUCAGCUACUACGUGAUCAUUAUGAAGCACUGUCGAGGUUGGAACCCUUUUAGGCGGCCGGAACCUGAUGAAGAGUUUCUUGAUGAAAAUCGUGGACCUGCAAUUGAACACCCCAUCUGGUACAUCACCACCGUUGGUCUUCAACCAUCAGUCAUCAAUUCAAUCACAGUCUUCAAGUACAAGAAAGGUGAUAGUUUGGUGGAAGGGACCGAUUGUUCCGUCUGCUUGAAUGAGUUUCAGGAUGAUGAGACUCUUCGUUUGCUACCCAAGUGUAAUCAUGCAUUUCACAUACCUUGUAUUGAUACUUGGUUGAGGUCUCACACCAACUGCCCCUUGUGUCGUGCCGGGAUUGUAUCUAACACUGUGAGUACUACUCCUUUGGUCCCAAAUAAUCAGAAUUCUAAUAGUCUGAGUCUAAACGAAGAGACCCAAAUAGAGAAUUCAGAGAGUGAUGGUGAAUUGCAUGGCAAUCAGGUCACUGUUGUUGAGUUUUGUGAAAACAGGGCAGGAACAGAGGAUGAAAUUGAAUUUUCACAGGUUGGUGAUGAAACCAAAGAUAUUGAAAACCCAAAAGCAGAUUUCAAUUCCAAUGGGAACACUUCAAUUUGGGCAACUGGCGAUUCGGGUGAUAAUAGCAUGAUUGUUGGGGAUGAGAUACAAGCAAUGAGAAGGUCUAUUUCACUCGAUUCGGUUACGGCUGCAAAUAUUGGUCUUGUUGUGACCACCACUGGUAUGGCAGAUUCCGAAGAGAAUUCAGUUGAUUCAAGAUUGGAUAUUCAAAAGUUUGAAACUGCCAGUCGAGAUGGUAGAAAUUCAAGGAUGUUUAGAUUGAUGGCUGGUUCAGGUUCUUCAUUUGUAGAGUCUCUGCAUAAGAGUCCUGUUUCAAUGAAGAGAUCAUUUUCAUACAGUGGGAGGCCAUUCUUAUUGAGACACAGUCGGAGCUUCAAGCCAAUUCUUCCAUUGUAA